AGCUAUGCAGUACUAGUUCUGUUGAACAGACAGGAGCAGCAGGAUGUUGCUAUCUCAGCUUUGGCUUGAAUCUGGUGUGUCUCUUCUCUUGUAGGUAUAUGUGUUCCCUGUCACUUUUCCAUUAUUCUGAGUAUUUGGUGACUGCCAUUAAUAAUCCUAGGAGCCUUUCUUUGGACUCUUUCCUUCUAAACCACAGUUUUGAAUACAACCUAGCUGCUGUCUCUUCUUGGAUAGAGUUCACAGUUGAAAAAGUAAUUUAUCCAGAAAUGAAGCAGAUCACCUGGCUCAGUACUGUAGGGUUAUUGAUGGUGAUCUUUGGGGAGUGUCUGAGGAAAGCUGCCAUGCUCACAGCUGGCUCCAACUUCAACCAUAUUGUUCAGAAUGAGAAAUCGGAUACUCAUACUUUGGUGACAAGUGGGGUAUAUGGGUGGUUCCGGCACCCGUCUUACGUGGGAUGGUUUUACUGGAGUAUUGGAACACAGGUAUUACUCUGUAAUCCCAUCUGUGUGAUUGGCUACACUUUAGCAUCUUGGAGUUUCUUUAGAGAGCGAAUAGAAGAGGAGGAGAUCACGUUAAUUCACUUUUUUGGCGAGGAAUACCUGGAGUAUAAAAAGAAGGUGCCAUCAGGUCUACCUUUUAUCAAAGGAGUUAAAGUGGAACUGUAACACAUGAAAAAAGGCUGAACGAGUAAACUUGCAGCUCCGGGCAUCGUAAGGAAAGGAACUAUGCAUAAUGCUGUAUCACAACAAUCUCCAGGAGUAGCGAAUGUGUAUUUGCUGGUAACUAACCAGAAGUUCGUUAGGGGCUAAACAACUGGAAAUCCUGCUGAGUAAAUUAAAAUAUCAGAAGCUUAUUCGUCCUAGUUGAGAUGAGACCUUCUUUGAUGCUUAAGGGAUUUUCUGGAUUAUUUAACCUGCCAUGGUCCUAAAACAAAGCAAAAUGUUGGUAAAAAGAUGAAUUACUUUUAAGCACUUCACCUGCAACAUCUAAAAUGCAUUGGGACAGGCCCUGUUGGAGAACGAGCUUUACAUUUCUUUCUGUUUACCCCUGCACUAGAUGAUGGGUGCCGGUUGGAAGCUCCUUUGUGUGGUGGAAUGUUAAUUUUGGAGCAUUAUGACUUUAAAAGCUAGAGAGCACAGCUUUAACUUUGGAGGUUAAAGCUCAGCAAGCCCACAGUGUGAUAUAACUUUAUGCUUGGGAGUCUUGCAGGAUCAGGCCCUCCAUUUCUGUCUAUUAAAAGCAUGAACUUACAUACCACUUCAGGUAUGUGCUCGCCAGAAAAACUGGCAGUGCAGCAAAAACAGUUUUUCCCUAGCUGUAAAUGUUAAUAGGGAGCUUUUGUCAACACUGAUAAUUUUCUUAAAUUGGAAACCAAAGCUUCUGUUAUGCCUCACAAAAGUUUAAGCUUAAAUCUAAAUAUUAAGUUAUGUCCCUCAGUUACUUUAUGCCCUGGAUUUGGGUGUCAUUGACAGUUAGCCACUCUACAUACAAUUUUGUCCUCAAGAGCCUGUUCUGUCAGUACAGAAACUGUUCCUGUACAAAUCAUCAAAAUCAUGCUGCUUCCUACCAUUCAGACGCAUUUAAUAGUUAAGUCUUUCUUAGCUCAAAGAAAAUAAACUUCAAUUUAGAGAAAUCCUAAGCUUGUUUCAGUUCUUGUAAAGCACAGGGAAAGAACUAUAACUGUCAGAGGAACGAAAAGUUCUAGGUGCUAAGAUAGAUCUGCUAAGGGAGAUUUCUGCCUGGUUGUGGAAUAUACUUUGGAUAUUAUUUGAAGUGGUGGGUAUUUCCAAGUAAAUAUUCUGAUGUAGGAAAAUAUUUGGCUGAUUAACUGGGUUGAUAUUUAUAAUAUCAUCAUUGAUAAAUAGUAUACAUUCAGAUUUUGUGGUAUAAUUUAUUCUGUUACGUACCAAAGCGGUUCACUUUUCCCUGAUUUUCUGCAUAGUCUGGCUUAAAUAAGAAUGGUGUAUUCAUAAGUAACUGCUUGGCUUGCAGUAUUCUUUUAAUUAAGGUAUUGUACCGAUUUGGAAAAUCGGGUAUUGAUGAGGUUAAAAUGUUUUUUCUAAAAAUGUUGCUAACUUUUAUCUGGUUGCAGUUCAGGAGAGAUUCUUUGGUGAUAUUGGCAAUGUUGAAUUGUAAGAUUCCACUUGCAAACUCGAUCCUUCUUGGUGUUAAAAUGAUACUGGAAAUUCAGUUUUCAGUCUAAUUGGUACCCGUAGAAUUGCAGUCAGGGCUAUAGAGACUAAUUUUCAGUCUCUUUUUUACAUUGAAAUUCCUUCUCUGUUUGGUUCAUACUGUUGAAAUGCAAGGCCUCUUCUGUCUUGACUUUUUUUCCUAGUUAAAAUGCUCACUGUUUAGAGUUUUCUACUGAAUAUUCUCUUUGGCUGAGAGAGAGGAGUAAAAAGCUAGGUAAGGCUAGUGUUGUUUCUUCUCUGCAUAUUUAUUUAAUUUUUGUUGGUUCAUGUUCACUUUGUUCCUCAGCAAUAGCGGUACCUCCAGUGUACUUCCAAAAGGGAAUUGUAAUUUUUGCAGCCCUCAAGCAACAUACCUCAGAAAUAUUUGACACGUUAAAAUCUAUACAUGGUAAAUCUUGUCUGCAAUUUUUUUGUUUCUGGGAGAAAAAACUUUUAAUUGUCUCUUCUGUAAAUGCAGUAAAAAAGGGAGUAGGGUGACCCAAACCACUACAGCCACUUAAAAUUCACUGAAUUAGAUGCCAAUCCCAACGCAGUUUUAACAGAAUAAAUUUAAAUGUGUUGCAAAUUGUGUGGUUGCUUUCCAGAUUGCAGAAAAAGGACUCAGGACUUGGUGCUUUUUAUACAAAAAAUAACUUAUUGGGUCAGAAACUGUUUAAGCAAGAAACUUCUCAGUAUUAUGAUUAGGUGCUGUGGGGAUUACUGUGUGGGUCAAAUAUUUGUAAACCUAAAAAAAACUUGAAUGUGCAUUUAUUCUCUAGUUUUUUAUUUUUGAAGAGUUUAGCUAAUGCCAUCUUUUUCACACUGGUGGUGAAUGUUUCUAUUUGGAAAGAAUCAUCUUUCUCUCCAUCACAAAUCUCUAUAUGGCCAAAACCUGUUAAUAACUCUGUGAGAAGGAAAGUUGGUGAGAUUUCCCAGGUCCCUUUCUUGAUUCAAAAGUGUUUACAGUAGGGUUUUUGCAUUCUUCUACUUGAUUUCCAGCCCAGUAACUACUUCAGCAUAAAGCUGAAUAACUAGCUUGUGGAUUGGUGAUAGGAGGAACCUGGCUGUUUAAUAGUUGGUUCACAUUGGUAUAUUUAAAAAAGUCAUUUUGGGGCGUAUAAGAAAUGUGUCAUUUCUUGGCAGUUAUUUUAGAGUUUGGUGAGGUGACAGUCCUUUAUGAAUCUCUGAAUGUGGUAUCUUUUAGAGGAAACAGCAGCCUGCAUAUAUUUUAUGGGUGUUUCUACUGUAUUCAUUUGCUGUGUUUCCUGAGCUUAAAGUCUAAUGCAAUGAGUUACACGUUGGGUUUGAAAGAAAUCUGCAAGUUUUGAAUCAACAUGCAAAUGACACACUUACACCUAUGGCAGAAGAAUUUUUUUCUGAAUAAUGGAAGUGGCUGGCCAGUAGCACCCAUGCUGGUUUUGUUGAAUAAGCCUCAUUGAAACAGUGGGAGUCCAUAUACUUUAAGUUGUGGUGAUGCAAUAAAACUUUGCAUGGUAUGUGCAAAUCCUACAGAAGUAGGAAUGGUCGUAGCAAAUGCUAUACUCUGAACAGAAGUUACCAAAAGCACCUUUUCAGCCUCCAGUAACCCUGCUGAAAUUGUAUUUGAAUACAGUGGUGAUGUCCCAAAAGUUGCUGUUGAUAUUAAUAGUAAAUAUUUUACCCUGACUAACUUGCGUACAAUUAAGUUUGUGCAGGGCAUAUCAGCUCAUCAAGGUGUUCACAGACAAAUGUCUAAAUAUUUAUAGCUCACUCUCCCAUCACUUCCAGCAAUACAUGAAUUAUUCUAGGUUGCUUUGAAAAGUUGCUUCCCACUCAGCUCAGGGAGUACAAAUGGUCCAUGUUUACGGAAUAGUCUCAUAUUUUUCUUGCUUUUCUGCAUGUUGCGUUGUGAAAAUUUCAAAUUGCUAGUGAAAAAGUAAAUUGGAAUACCCCAGGAAAUACAGCAUACCUUUAAAAAAAAAAAAAAAAAUUCUUUUUAAACUAAGAAAACUGAUGCUGUUCUGUAUGCUGCAGUUUGGAGUCCAAAAAAAAUGGAAACAUAAACAACAAUAUUCUGCUUUGGUACUAAUGAGUAAAUGUUAGAUUUCUACCCUCUUCUUAAAGUUCACAUAAUUUCGUGCGCCUCUGACUUGCUUUAGUGAAGAUCUGCGAGGAAGGACUUCAGUUUGUUAUUGCAAACUGUAUGUAUACAGCAUGAGAGCUUCUUAUCCUGUAUAUAAUAUUAAAAAAAA